GCCACCGCUUCAGGGCGCUCGCCUGGGUGUGCAGCGAGGAUUUGAGGCCGAGCUCUGGGGCAGCAGCAGCAACAAGGCCGAAGCGGCCCCGGAGGCCUUGCCUGCCGCCACACCCAGCCCGCUUCCCUUAGCGCGGGAAGCCAGAGGCGACUAGGCCUCGGGCAGCGGCAGCAGCGUUUUCUUGGGCCUCGCUGGGGAAGAAGGUAGAGGCCGGCUUGGGAGCCUCGGCCCAGAGUGUCUGGGGAAACCUAGCCAAAUGGGCGGGGUUUAAAUUUUAAUAAUAAAAAUAAAAAUAUCAGCACCUUCGCCAGAGGAAGGAGGCGGAAGCGAGAGGCAGAAUAAGAGACUCCGCUCGUCCCCUCAAGAUCCUUGAGGACACCUCGCUCUCCCAAACGAUUCCCACCCGCAUUUUAUGCUUCCCCAUAAAUCUCCCCGCCUCCUCUCUCCGGUAGGAGCUGCUCGCCUCGGCCGCCUCCAAAUACCUCCAGGCUCCAAAAAUAAAUCUCAUUUCCCCGCACUGCCUCCUCCUUUCGUCCCCGAUCCCUUGCAUGGGCUUCUGCUUUUCCUCCCUCCGAGAUCCAGGGAUCCUUCGCCGCCCGCCGCUCUCAGCCCCCCUGCGGAUUUCUUCCAGCUUUCUCGCUCUUUUCCAGCCAUCCCAGUACUGUUUCCCCAGUAACCCGCUUUCAUUCAUUCAUCCAUCCAUCCUGCAAACUCCCAAACAUUCCUCGUUGGCUCUUCCGCAGCGCGAGAUCUCCUAACCCGAUCGCCGCCUUCCUUUUUCGCUCCUCCCGGCCAGAUCUUCGCCAUCCUCCCGCCCCCGGGCCCCACUUUUCCCUCCCACUGCCCGGGCGGGAAAGGGGAGGGAUCCGCCGCUGCCCUCCGGGGGGGAAAUAGAGGAAAGCGGCUCUUUAAAAGCGGGGCGGCGCCGGCGCCUGGGAUCCACUCGCCUGCUCGAUCCCUGCCUGGCCGCAUCCGCUCCUGCUCCGUCCAGCUGCGGCACAGCCUCCUUCGCUUCCUGCCCAUCCGAGGCACCGGGACCGCGGAUCGCUAACAAUCAUGUUUGAAAUUAAGAAAAUCUGCUGCAUUGGUGCUGGUUAUGUAGGUGGACCAACGUGUUCUGUCAUUGCACAUAUGUGUCCGAAAAUUAAGGUCACUGUUGUUGAUGUCAAUGAAGCUAGAAUCAAUGCAUGGAAUUCCGAUACGCUUCCAAUUUAUGAGCCAGGGCUAAAAGAAGUGGUAGAAUCCUGCAGAGGAAAGAAUCUCUUUUUUUCUACCAGCAUUGAUGAUGCCAUCAGAGAUGCUGAUCUUGUGUUUAUUUCUGUUAAUACCCCAACAAAGACCUAUGGCAUGGGAAAAGGUCGGGCAGCGGAUCUGAAAUACAUUGAGGCGUGUGCGAGACGGAUCGUGCAGAACUCAAACGGAUACAAAAUUGUGACUGAGAAAAGCACCGUCCCUGUCCGUGCUGCAGAGAGCAUUCGUCGUAUAUUUGAUGCCAACACGAAACCUGACUUAAAUUUGCAGGUUCUGUCUAACCCAGAAUUCCUAGCUGAAGGCACAGCAAUCAAAGACCUGAAGAAUCCAGACCGUGUGCUGAUUGGUGGAGAUGAGACGCCCGAGGGUCAGAAAGCAGUUCGCGCUCUGUGUGCUGUCUAUGAGCAGUGGGUGCCCAAAGAGAAAAUCCUUACAACCAACACUUGGUCAUCUGAACUUUCCAAACUGGCAGCUAAUGCUUUCCUCGCCCAGAGAAUCAGCAGUAUCAACUCCAUAAGUGCUCUUUGCGAGGCAACAGGUGCGGACGUUGAAGAAGUUGCAAGAGCCAUUGGAAUGGACCAAAGGAUUGGAAGUAAAUUUCUGAAAGCCAGUGUUGGAUUUGGUGGGAGCUGUUUUCAAAAAGAUGUUCUGAAUUUGGUUUAUCUCUGUGAGGCUCUGAACUUGUCAGAAGUCGCUCGUUACUGGCAACAGGUGAUUGACAUGAACGACUAUCAGAGGAGAAGAUUUGCUUCUCGGAUCAUUGACAGCUUGUUUAACACUGUCACCGACAAGAAGAUUGCUAUUUUGGGAUUUGCAUUCAAGAAAGACACCGGAGACACAAGAGAGUCCUCCAGCAUCUACAUCAGCAAGUAUUUAAUGGAUGAAGGAGCGAAACUUCAUAUCUACGACCCUAAAGUGCUAAAGGAACAAAUCAUUCUAGAUCUUUCUCAUCCAGGUGUAUCUGAAGAUGAUCAAGUGUCUCGACUGGUCACCAUUAGCAAAGACCCGUAUGAGGCCUGUGAUGGAGCCCAUGCCCUAGUUAUCUGCACCGAGUGGGACAUGUUUAAGGAGCUGGAUUACGAGCGAAUUCACAAAAAGAUGUUGAAGCCAGCGUUCAUCUUUGAUGGCAGAAGAGUCCUUGAUGACCUUCAUAAUGAAUUGCAGGGCAUUGGCUUCCAGAUUGAGACAAUUGGGAAGAAGGUGUCGGCAAAAAGGAUUCCGUUUGCUUCUUCAUGUGACAUACCAAAGUUUAGCUUGCAGGAUCCUCCUCUGAAGAAGCCAAGGGUAUAGGUUUCAAUUGUCACAGAAGGGCUCUUCCCAUGUGAGCUGUAAACCAGCAUGAAUUAAAACAAAAAAACGGGGGGAAAUGGGACACAAUGGAGCCAAAGUUAAGUGCUUGUCCUUUUGAUAUCAAUGGGACAGGUAAUCAUGUCCUCAAAUAUUUCCUUUUGAGAUCAACAGGACUAAAAACUACUUAACUCUGACUGAAUCAUGCUGAAUAUUUUCUCAUAAUGAAGACAUUUUUUUCAAUAAUAGCAUUGUAGCUGGGACAUUUCAAUCCAGAAUCUGUUUUAUAAUCUCUAUUUUUAUAAUACUGGAACUUUUGUCAUUGAAGUGAAAAACUGUACAGUCAUAGAUGAUUUUAGUAAUUUUUAUAUAUAUAUAUAAACUCAGCUUCAACCUUCCAAGACUUCCUACUCUGUGAGGUUUACAAACUGCACUUUAAAUUUUUAUGAUGUUGCAAUCCAAAAGAGAAAAGGGAUUUUCCCAUCUUGUUUGAUACGCUAAUCUGUACUAUGCCAUGCAACAUUGCUCAUUUUAAUUUGACUCUAGGCAGGUGUGGGCAGCUUGCUCAAGGAUAGCUUCUCUUUUUACCAUAAUAUGUGAACCACGGGGCUCAAUGGAAGGUCUGUUGCUCCCAUGAAACACCACAUCUUCCUAUUUUGGUGUUGGGAUGGCUGCAGAGAUGGGUUUUCGGGAUCAGAAGGCAGCCUGAAGUCAAUACAUUCCUUGUGGUAACGUUAUAAUAAAAUCAAUGAUUGAUUAUUUGUUAUCCUGAGACUUGCUGCCUGGGACAAGCUGCCUCAUUCCUAUCCUGUCCUUUCAGCAGCAGGUUCUUGUCUAUAAAAUAACAUGCCUCUAUAGAACUGGCUGAAAAUAUGGUACUAAGCAGUGUAUGAAUCAUACGCAAUAUAACUUUACAAACCUGAGAGCCCUAUUAAAGAGGAAUGGUCUGGAUAUGUGCUCUAUAUUUUGCUAACUGUUCUACCAUUACAGCACGACUGUAACUAGCCACAAACCUGAUCAUCAGAAGUCAUUAAAAAUCCUCCCAAGGCAAGCAGGCAGAUAAGCUUUUUACAACAUGGAGUCUGUACUUUAUUCUCUUAGGUACACAAGCAUGGGCUAGUAGCUUUUACAGCCUCCGCUGAAAGUUAGAGAAUAAGGAAGUUUUCAUUUCCCGAUUGUAGCCAAAAGCUGCUUCUAUUUGGUUUCAACAACUUUUGAUUUCAUCCAGAAAUAAAAGUGGUUUUUCCAAGUUUCUGCAGUGGCUCUGAAGUCAAAUUCCUACUACAGCAAAUGCUGUCUUUACUAGAAGAUCACACUAUGUCCAGUUCUUUCUAGAUCAUAGAUUUAAUUUUACUAGAGCAAGGGUUCUUAAAGUGAAAGCUCUGCAUGUUGGUAAAAACAGGCAGAUUCCUCCUUUCCCAAUUAACCAGGGCAUUGAGCUAGGAAGUGGAAUUCCAAUUAGCGCAUUGUUAGUGGCUCUUUAAUCUACACCCCCAAUUCUAUUCAACUUGCUAAAAGUCAUACAACGGCCACCUGUUUUUAAUUGUUUUUUGGGCUUCCUACAUUCUUAUACUUUGGGAGUGGAAGCAUAGCAAAAGCUCACAAUCCUUCCUCUUUCCUUCGAUCAACUGCAAGCACUGCUCCCUAGAGCUGCCUUUCUGGCAAAACAGUCUCCCAAACCAUUUUCAUUAACAUAUUUUUUUGCAUUAAGUCCAAUUUCUGGAAGGGACAUCACUCCUAAAGCAACCGCAUAUCGUUCAUGACUGCCGUGAAACACAAUGGUUUCCCACUGCUGUUUCAACACUUAACGCUCAAGAAUAUUGCCAGAACAAAAAGUUCACAUAGUUCCAGCAGAACAGAACCUUAUGUCAUAUGUUAUAAUCUGCUUACUACCUCACUGUGAUUACAAAAAUAAAUCUUUGUCUACUCAUUGGUAA